AUGGAGCGCGGCUCCAAGACCAGCCAGAGGAGUCGGGACACCGGCUCCACCAGCGAUGGCUCGGAAGACUCUCUGGACACCUUCGAGGCCGCGCAGCGGCAGGGCAUACUCACCCGUGAGGAGAUCGCAAAUGCUCAGGUAAUCGAUCCCGAGCUCUUCACCAAGGGCAGCUUCUUUUGCUCACUCUCUGCACUUUUGGCCGUCAUAGGCCUCGUAGAAAUGGGUCUGGAGACGGACUACCGCUGCAACACCGGACGAUGCGUUGGGGAUGAACCGCUUUGGGACUUGCUGAAUCUGAUCUUCACCAUCUUGCCCUUGGCCGAGAACGGCCUGCGCCUCUGGGAGGCCAAGCCGCGAAGGUUCAUCAUGGGAGACAAGACAAAGGUCAAGUUCAAGCUGGACUGGGCAAACUGCACUGAUGCGCUGCUGGUGCUGCUCAGGAUUCUGGAUGUUUGGGUGCUGAGUCCUGUGGGGAUCGACUCAGGUUUGCGCAUGGCGACCGGGUUCAGGAUCCUUCGCAUUGGCCCCGCCGUCAAGCAUUGGCAGGCGACCAAGGAGCUGCGAGAGCUAUGGAUCGUGAUUGGUGCCGUCUCUGAGACGUUCAAGACGCUCGUCUGGGUGGGAGUCAUGCUCAUUUUCGUCAUCUGGACCUUUGGCAUCUUGAUCACCAUGUCUCUUAUAGACCGACGGGGCGAGGAGUUUAACUUCACGGCCUCCACAUGGACCUUCGCCGACUACUGGGGCAGUGUGCCACGGAGUGCUUACUCGCUCUUCCAGGUUGCUACCAGAGAUAGUUGGAUUAGUGCCAUGGUGGCGCCAUUGAUAGAGACUGAGCCACUGCUUCUGAUUAUCUUCGGCUUCUACUUCUGCAUCGGAUCCCUGGCGCUGAUGAACGCCAUCAUCGGCGUCGUCGUCGAGUGCACGCUGUCUGCAGCGAGGGCCAGCACCGAGAAGGAAGAAGAGGACAAGAAGAGGGCAGACACGCUGGUCAUGGAUUCGCUCCGACGGAUAUUCCACGAGGGUGACACCGAUGGCUCCGGUGAGCUGGACAUGGAGGAGUUGCAUGCUUUGGUGCACAAGCCGAAGGUACGAGAUCGGCUCAAGAUGCUGAGAAUGCCUUUCAGCGAUCUUGACCUCCUUUUCACCCUGCUGGACACGGAAAGCAAAGGGACGGUGAACACGGACAUGUUCUUCCGCGGCUGUGCCAAGCUGAGGACGGAUAGCCGCAUAGCCGAUAGCUGCCCCCCGGCACUGCGCUUUGGCGGGGAGGCGCGAGAUCGAAUCUCAACCUGCAAGGAGCGAUGUGACCACAACUCGGAGCGCAUACGCCAAGUCAACGAGACCUUGGCGAUCGUCUUGGAUCAUGUGGAUGAUGCCAGCCGCCAAGUCUUGACGGAAUCCAAUGCAGCGACCCUUCGUACUACGCUGACAGACAUGUCCAGACACACUGAGAUGGACAUCAGCAUCAUGAAGAGCGAUGUCGAUUUCAAGGAUCCAGCAGCUUCGGCAGCAAGAGAUGCGGGACCGAGCCCCAGCAAUGGCCGCGUGAGCAGCACACGCUUAAGAACUCAGGUCCUCGCUGCCCGACAGGUUCGACCCAAGACCUCGAAGUCUGAUAUCAUACGGGGAAGGUGGCUGAUUCCAGUGGCCCACAAUGAGCAGAGCAUGUGGCUUGACUUGGAUCGCCAAGCCAAGCUCAACGAAGCCAAGGGCGACCUCGGCUCGGCCAAGAUCCACACUCUGACCCCCCAGGUCCCCCAGGUCAAGGUCAAGGAACGAGCCUUCCGUGACAGUAUAGACCAGCCACCACCGCCACCCAUGCCUGCACGUGUUCAGCCUCUCAAGGAUGUGAAGUUGUCGCAGGUUGAGCAAGACCGGGCGAGGCUCAACAACCAGAUUGCAAAGGCGUUGCGGAAGCUCCAUCGCUUCGAGUGA